AUUACGACUCUGCAGCUAGGCGGAAACGAUGCAGCAGCAACCGCAGCCACAACAGCAGCACUACGAAACAAGCAGCGUCGUCUAAUGUUCGAUGUCCGUCCACUGCAAUCCAAUCUGUUUUUCGAACUUCUCUGUUAAUGAAAUUUGGCGAAUAACUGAUAAGGAUUGUAGGAAAAUAUUUAAGGUAGAUAACCCAGCGAAAACCCUCCUCUAGGAAAAAUGUAUCUCUGGUGGGAAGAGGGAGCCGUUCGUCGAAGCGAUUGUGUCGUUCAUAGUGUAUCAUGGAUGGGUCGUGUGCCAGACAGCGUUCAAUCGGAUGGCGAAGGAUGGGAAAUAGACGAGAAUCAGUAUUAUACACAGGGCUGGUUAGCUACCGGUAAUGCUAACGGCAUGAUUGGUGUAACAUUUACUGAAACCGGCAACUCUUCCAAUGCUUUUGAUACACCAAAUAGAACAAAUUUCAAUCUCCGUGGACAUAGACAUGAGGUAACCCUCGUCCGAUGGAAUGAACCAUUUCAGAAGCUUGCCACUUGUGAUGUCACUGGCGUCAUCUUUGUUUGGAUACGGCAUGAGGGACGUUGGUCGAUUGAAUUAAUUAAUGAUCGGAGUUGUGCAGUAACUGAUUUAACCUGGUCGCACGACGGCCGUAUGGCUUUAAUUACUUAUAGAGACGGCUUUGUGCUUGUUGGUAGCGUUACUGGUCAACGCUACUGGUCUAAUACUCUCCCGCUGGAUGGGGCGGUUAUUACUUGCAGCUGUUGGAGUCCAGACGAUCAAAGAGUGUUGCUGGCGACUUCGAAUGGGGUUGUUUUGGCUCUUACGGCCAGCGGAAUUGCUUUGGGACAGAUAUCCACCUUGGGAGAUGGAACAGAAAUCACACAUUUAUCAUGGUCUUGUGAAAAAUUUGUCUUGAAAGAUUCUUCCAGCUCAUCUGCUAGCAGUUCAGGGACUGAUGUCAUAAAUCCACCUUCAUCAAGAACUCACGUAUUAGCCAUUGUUUUUAAAAAUGGUGCAAUUCAUUUAACCAAAGAUCAAACUGACGCUACUUGGGCAAAAAUUGUACGGACACUGUUUAGUGGAGUACAAGUUGAUUGGUCACAUGAUGGAGAAAUUCUUGCGGUAGCUGGAUAUACUCGUUUGGUUAAUUUAGAAUGCCAAAGUCAGGUUAGACUCUAUUCAAAAGAAGGUGUUUUACAAGUUUUUGUUCCUCUUCCAAAUCAACCUGGCAAACCAGUUACCUGCGUAUCUUGGGCACAUUGUGAUAGGCGGUUGCUAGUUGCAGCUGGAUGUCAUGUUCAUACUGCUUGGGUUUUACCAGAACCACCUAAACUGCAGACAUUCUGCUGUCGUUCUCUGCAAAAAAGCGUUCAACAAGAGAAAGAUAUUGCUAAAUUACCGAUUCCGGAAUCACUACAAAAGAAUGUUAGGGUAUUUUUUUCUCCAACAAUUCGAGGGUAUAUACCUGAUGCUUGUCGAAUACGUCAAUUUGUUUGUACACCCCCACCGGCUGACGAACGUCUUUAUUGUACAAUGUUACGAGUUAAUUCCACCGCUGAAGAUGAUGAACAUUAUAUGCUAUAUGUUGAAUAUAUGGGUGGCUUAGUGCCGUUACUUAAGGGUAAACGUGUUUCUAAACUACGACCUGAAUUUACUAUUUACGAUCCAAAGUCUCAAACUAGUUCAGACGAAUGCGAAGACGUAUACAGCUCGCCAGCAAGGCGAAAACGAUCAAAGAAAAGGAAUAUGGUACUUGUAAACAGCGAGGUUUUAUAUGACGAUAACCUACCAGAGCGUAAUCGAAUGGUACAUAUCACUUCAAAUCUGUGGGGAACAAGAUUUAAAAUUCAUGGUCUCGCACAUUUUCUACCGGCUCAAUUGGCUUCCGUCACUUACAAAACAUCUGUUCUACACCUUCAACCUCGCCAAAUGACUAUAAACUUGAUAGAAUUAAGUCGAGGUGACUUGAAAUUUGAUUACGGGAAAAGAGAUGUUAGUUGGAGUGAGAGCGAUGACGAAAAAACGCCUGUCUCAACAGGACCUCUUCCACCUAUUCAACCCGUUAAAGAUGCACCUAUAUCACCCGAACCCCCAGUGGCGCCGCCACUUCUUUUAGCACCCAACGAUAUCGACCCAUCAGCAGUUUUGUCAAUGGCUGCACAUCGCCUCAUGUCUAGCGACCUUCAAUACAUAGAUGACGAUUCGAUAGAAGAUUCAAACGAAGAGAAAAGGAUAGUUCUAACACCGUCUUCACAAAAGAAAAUUGAUUUUGCUCUUGAUUCGUCAAAUUCUAAUACACCAACCAUUAAUUCACGUCCACAAACACCAAAUGCGACGCCUAGACGGCGAAAAUUACGACAUUUACUGCAUUGCGGUAGUCUGGAACAAUUGCAAUCUCCAUCUGAAGUUGGUCCAACUUCAAUUUUAUGUUCCGCUCCUCCAUCCCUUCACGGUUCCCCUGUUAAGAGAGCCGUCGCUCGUCUAGCAUCCCCACUCUUGGGCGUCAGACGGAGACAUAAUCGGCAAGGGGAUAGUUCAGAUGAAGAGGCUGGUGACUAUAAGGACUUGGAAUCUUGGCAAAAGGCUCGUUUACAUAGGAAACUGCGACGUUCAAGGGGUCAUAGUUGCUCCAGGUUACAUUCCGUAGCGCCGGCGGUUGGCGGUUCUUUGCAACAGAAUCAACAGUGUCUAGUCAUGCAUAAUAAAGCUCCGUUAUGGAACGAAAAUUCUCACGUAUAUCAAUUGGAUUUUGGUGGAAGGGUGACUCAGGAAAGUGCAAAAAAUUUCCAAAUUGAACUCCGUGGAAAGCAGGUCAUGCAAUUUGGACGAAUUGACACAAACGCAUACACCCUUGACUUCGAACGACCCUUCUCUGCCUGUCAAGCAUUUGCAGUCGCCCUCGCCAACAUCACUCAACGCCUGAAGUAA